AUGACAAUUGUGCUCCUGGGAAAUAGCCAUGGAAUAUGGCUGAGAGAUCAUUGUCGAUGCAAAGCUUGUUUCCAUCAGGUUACUCGACAAAGACUAGUAGAUACCAGCCAAUACAUCUUUAUUUUUUCAAAUCAAGUCACCACCAGCUAUGAUCUGAUAUAUUUAUAUAUUAUAGGGCAUAAACCAUCGCAUACAACAGAGUUUACGCUUGAUUGGCUACAGCAGCAUUCAUAUGCUCCAAAACAGUGUAUCCACGAAUCUAACUAUUCAGGCGUUUCUAGAAAGUUUUGGGAUGCUUCAAUCGUGUCUAAUCUGCCCACAACCCCAUACAAAGAUAUUAUGGGAGGCAAUGAUGGCUUGCAACAUUGGCUUACCAACAUUGAUACAUAUGGGUUUGGAUUUGUUUCUGGAGUUCCUGUGGAUCCUAAAGCAACAGAAGAGCUUGGUCGACGCAUCUCGUUUAUCCGUGAAACUCAUUAUGGAUCGUUUUGGGAUUUUACUCCUAACAUGGAACAUGGAGAUACAGCAUACACGACACUUGGCCUUGGGGCACAUACGGAUACUACAUAUUUUACUGAUCCCAUUGGGCUCCAGCUCUUUCAUUUGCUAGAACAUACUGGCACUGGUGGGGAAUCUCUAUAUGUGGACGCAUUCCAUGUUGCCAAUUUACUAAAACAAGAAAGUCCAUGGGCAUUUGAUGCACUCACUCAAAUCCAAAUCACUGCACACUCGGCAGGCGAUGAGCAUACGUUCAUGCAACCCACUCCAAAGCAAUUCCCUCUUAUCAAGCUUGACAAUUUUGGAAAUGUGCUGCAAGUCCGAUACAACAACAAUGAUCGAUCGGUGCUGGAUUCGCUAAGCAAGACUGAUGUAGAGCAAUUUUAUGCAGCAUUAAGAGUAUGGAUGACAAUGGUCAAGGAUCGCAGAAAUGAGGCAUGGGUGAAACUGGUGCCUGGAAUGGCUGUGAUGGUGGAUAACUGGCGAGUACUGCAUGGAAGAUCGGCAUUUACUGGGUUUAGGAGACUAGUUGGAUCGUAUCAUGGAUGGGAUGAUUAUCGAUCCAAGGUUAUGAUGAUUUGUGGUCAGGGUAAAGCAAAAGACGAUCUAUGA